AUGGGAGGUGGAUAUGGUAGUGGUAUGGGUGGUGGUUAUGGUGGCGGUUAUGGCGGCGGUAAUGGCGGCGGUAAUGGCGGCGGUAAUGGUGGUGGUAAUGGUGGUCAAUCAAUUGAACUGCCGGUCAGAUCGAGCUACAAUAUCGAAGUGAUCCCUGUCCAGAGUUCCGGUGAAAGUCAAUCAACUUUUGUCGAUGUUCCCGGUGGUGUUCUCCCCGUUUAUAUGACAUUCCGUACCCAAUCGUCACCCGUACACGUCAAUCAAGUACACAGAGGUAGCAAAGGAUCCUACCAGAGCUCAUCAUCCAAAGAUGAAGCACAUGUAUUGGUCCACGAAGUGACCAAACCAGUGAUCCAAGAGCUCCGUGAAGUCAUCACUCCAUUCCGUAAGGUUGUCCAAGUUAUCGAACCGGUCAGAGAGGAAGUCCUUACUAAAGUCCAUAGAGGAGAACGUGGCGGUAAUGGUGGAGGAAAUGGUGGAGGAAAUGGUGGCGGUUAUGGUGGCAAUGAUGGAGGAAAUAAAGGUUACGGUGGCAAUGAUGGUGGACAUCUGGGAGGCUAUUAAAUAAUUAAUGUAUAACUGGAUCAAUUUUUUAAAGGAUGGACCCAUUGAAUCCAUUA